UUAGGGGAGUUCUUUAGGACUUCAGCUGUUUAUCUGAGAUAUAUCAUAUAUGACACUAAUGUUCAUUUUUUCAUUCAGGUUCAGCGAACUUUCUUGGAUCUUCCCAACUUGUUGACUUGAUUUGACUAUUUGGUGGCACUUUUAGAAGUCUAAGGAAUGGCAACUCUUGCUGAUUCUUUCCUUGCAGACCUUGACGAUUUAUCUGACAAUGAAGCUGAUAUUAUUGAUGAGGAUGUCGGUGAUGAGGAAGGCAUGGAAGAAGAUGUUGAUGGUGACAUGCCUGACAUAGAAUCUCUUAAUUAUGAUGAUCUAGAUAGUGUUUCAAAAUUACAAAAGACGCAGCGUUACAUUGAUAUCAUGCAGAAAGUUGAAAAUGCGCUUGAGAAGGGUUCUGAUAACCCUAGCCAGGGCAUAGUUUUGGAAGAUGAUCCUGAAUAUCAGCUUAUAGUUGACUGUAAUGCAUUGCUGGUUGACAUGGAGAAUGAAAUCAUUAUUAUUCACAAUUUUAUUCGUGAUAAAUAUCGCCUGAAGUUUCCGGAGCUUGAAUCUCUUGUACAUCACCCUAUUGACUAUGCUCGAGUUGUAAAGAAAAUUGGGAAUGAAGUGGAUUUAACCCUUGUUGAUCUUGAAGGUCUUUUACCAUCUGCUAUCAUUAUGGUGGUUUCUGUUACAGCAUCAACCACUAGUGGGAAGCCACUUCCAGAGGAGAACCUUAAAAAGACAAUUGAUGCAUGUGAUCGUGCUCUUGCUCUUGAUUCAGCAAAGAAAAAGGUUCUUGAUUUUGUAGAGAGCAGAAUGGGAUAUAUUGCACCGAAUCUUUCUGCUAUUGUUGGGAGUGCUGUUGCAGCAAAACUUAUGGGGACUGCUGGUGGUCUGUCUGCGUUAGCCAAGAUGCCAGCUUGUAACGUUCAGCUUCUUGGUGCCAAGAAGAAGAAUCUAGCAGGGUUUUCAACUGCAACAUCCCAAUUUCGUGUUGGCUAUGUUGAGCAAACAGAGAUAUUUCAAAGCACACCUCCUUCUUUGAGGAUGCGUGCCUGUCGACUUUUGGCUGCAAAAUCCACACUUGCAUCACGAGUAGAUUCAACACGAGGAGAUCCAACUGGAAAAACUGGAAGGACAUUGAGGGAUGAGAUCCGUAAGAAGAUUGAGAAAUGGCAAGAGCCACCUCCUGCAAAGCAACCAAAACCUCUUCCUGUUCCAGAUUCUGAUCCCAAAAAGAAGAGGGGUGGUCGUCGGCUCCGAAAGAUGAAGGAAAGGUAUGCAAUUACUGACAUGAGGAAACUGGCAAAUAGGAUGCAGUUUGGAGUACCUGAAGAAAGUUCUUUGGGUGAUGGACUGGGAGAAGGGUAUGGUAUGCUUGGUCAGGCUGGAAGUGGGAAGUUACGUGUAGCUGUUGGUCAGAGCAAACUUGCUACCAAGGUUGCAAAGAAGUUCAAAGAAAAGCAGUAUGGCAGCAGUGGAGCCACUUCAGGGUUGACGUCUAGUUUGGCAUUUACACCUGUGCAGGGAAUUGAGCUCACAAAUCCACAGGCUAAUGCAAAUCAGCUGGGUAGUGGUACUCAGAGUACCUACUUCUCAGAAGUAGGUACAUUCUCAAAGAUCAAGAGGACUUGAACCACCUUAAAGAUUGUCUUUGUACAGUUGGUCUUUUGACCCUUAAAGUAGACCUGGGAUA